AUGGAGGGUCAAUUGCUGGCGACAGCGCGUCCCUAUCUGCAGUUCUUCUCGCUGGUCACGCUGAUGCCACCGCCCAGCAGCUAUGAGAGGGAUGCUGACCUCUGUCAGAGGCGGCCUUUGAUAUUCGCCUUUGGGUGCUACAGUUGCUGCGUCUUUCUGCUGGGCAUGUAUGAGACCUAUGUGAACAUACUAACGCUUAACUUUGAAGUACGCAUAUUGGAGGUCGAGGAUUUCACAAGUGCCCUGGGCAUGGUGCAGAAGACCUUCUACACAAUCCUGCUGGCCAUCAUACAUGUCAACAUGCUAAUUUAUUAUCGCAGACUGGGUCAGAUUUAUAUGACUAUAGCUGCACUGGAGCUGGACUUGGAUGAUGCGUCCCAGUGCUUUGGUGGGCUGGUGAAGCGUACCAGAUUUCGCCAACGCUUGGCUCUUGUCAUUGGACUUUGGAUUAUGUUUCUGCUCAUUGCUUUUCCCAUUAUUACGAUUCCUGUAAUGACGGAGUACAUGAGCUGGCGCAACAAGAUUCUCACCGAGUUCAUAUUACUGGUGGUUCAAUUGAAAAGUGUGGAGUAUGUUUUGUUUGUGGUCUUAGUGCAGGAGCUGCUGCUGCGUCUGCGCCACACGCUAAUCUACUUGCAGCAGGAGUUAACCGACUGUCAUCAGCGCGCCCUGCUCCAAGCCCUCUGCGUGGCACUGCUGCGCAACAAACAGCUGAUGGCUCGUGUUUGGAAGCUGGUGGGCGAACUGGAGGCCUACUACCUGCUGCCAAUGUUAUGCCUGUUUCUGUACAACGGACUGGCCAUGCUGCACAUCGUCAAUUGGGCUUACAUACAGGCGUUCAAUCCGAGCGAUUGUACAAAUUGUCGUUACCUGCGCGUUGGCAACUUGAUGCUUCUGCUUAUCAAUCUUUUGAUACCCUGCUGGCUCAGUCAAAACUGCAUCGGCACAUACAACAGCUUUAAACGCAUUAUACACAAUAUUCGCUGCGGUAAGAUUAAUCCGGCGUUGCUUAGCAAUGGCUUGCGGGAAUAUGCUCUGCAAUUGGAACAUUUAAAGCUGCGCUUUACUUGCGGCAAUUUCUUUGAAAUUAACCUAAAAUGCUUUGGCAGUAUGGUGGUCACCAUAGUCAGCUUUACCAUUAUUUUGAUACAGUUCAAGCUGCAGGGCAUUGUCGAUGCAAAGAGGCAGAUUAUGCAGAAAAGCCCGCCGAAAGCUCACUGA